CCUCCGACGUUGGACUUCACGCCGGAGAACCACGAUCGCUGUUUAUCUCUUAGAGGUCUAAUGGACAAUGGGAAACAAGUGAAAAACGAUAACUAUGCUGCUGAUAUUGCUUCCAUAAGGGAGGCGAGAGUCCGUAUUGCUCCAUAUUUUCAUGAAACUCCAGUGCUUACCUUGAAGUCUUUAGAUUCUAUAGCUUCCAAACGGUUGUAUUUCAAGUGUGAAUGCUUUCAAAAAGGAGGAGCCUUUAAGAUUAGGGGAGCUUCAAAUGCUAUAUUCUCCCUUUCUGAUGAUCAAGCUGCCAAAGGCGUUUUGACACACAGCAGUGGUAACCAUGCUGCAGCAGUGGCUUUGGCUGCAAAGCUCCGUGGAAUCCCAGCAUAUGUUGUCAUACCGAAAAAUGCUCCAAAAUGCAAGGUUGAGAAUGUCAGGCGGUAUGGUGGUCAAAUCUUCUGGAGUGAAUCAACGAUCCAAUCAAGAGAGAGUAUUACUGAGAAAGUUCAGCAAGAUACUGGUGCAAUUUUGGUUCAUCCUUUCAACAAUAGAUUCACCAUCAGGUUUUGUAUUUGUCAUUGACCACUUGAUCUAAUCUCCAUUGUAACUUUGGUG